AUGGCUGGUCAAACGAAAGUAUUGGUUGUGCUAUUUGCUAUGUCACUUGUAGCAUACAUAUUGCAGAUUAAUGGUGUCAAUGGAGAUCCACAAGUUCCAUGUUUUUUCAUAUUUGGCGACUCUCUGGUUGAUAAUGGAAAUAACAAUCCACUUCUCACAGAAGCCAAAGUUAAUUAUAAACCGUAUGGGAUUGACUUUGGUGGUACUCCGACUGGAAGGUUCAACAAUGGCCGAACGCAGGCUGACAUUCUUGGUCAACUUCUUGGCUUUGACGACUUCAUUCCGCCAUAUACUACUGCUAGAGGCAACGUCAUACUUAAAGGUGUGAACUAUGCAUCUGGGGCUGCAGGAAUUCGGGACGAAACUGGUUACCAAUUGGGUGAUAUAAUCCCACUCAAUGAACAGCUAAGAAAUCACCAAAUUACAGUCCUACGCAUCACUGCCAUGCUAAGAAACCGAACCGCAGCCCAAAAGUACUUGAACAAGUGCUUAUACUACGUUGGAAUGGGCAAUAACGAUUAUCUUAACAACUACUUCUUGCCUCAGUUUUACACCACAGCCCUCAUUUAUACACCUCAGCAAUAUGCUCAACAGCUUAUUGACCAAUACCGAAAGCAGAUAACCAGAUUAUAUAACUUGGGUGCAAGGAAGGUUGCCAUAUUUGGGGUGGGAGUAAUUGGGUGCAUUCCAUAUGCAAUAUCUACAUUCGGCACAAAUGGGUCUGCUUGCGUAGACAGAUUCAACGAGGCAGCACAAAUUUUCAACACCAUGCUUAUAUCACUUGUUGAUGAACUCAAUAGCAGAUACACUUAUGCAAAAUUCAUAUAUGUCAAUAGUUUCGGAAUAGGAUCUGGGGAUCCUACAUCUGUCGGAUUCACGGUUUUGAAUGUUGGAUGCUGCCCUGUGAAUAAUAUUGGUCAAUGUAUUCCAUUCUUAACUCCAUGCCAGAACAGAACAACAUAUGUUUUCUGGGAUUCUUUUCAUCCCACUGAGGCUGUGAAUCUGCUCACUGCAUCCAGAUCGUACACUGCUUUUCUUCCUUCCGACACUUAUCCAAUUGAUAUCAAACGCCUCGCCCAGUUACAGCUCUAG